AGGGUGUCCUGUAGACGGCGGCUUUUCCGGUGGUGCGUCAGGGCUUCCGUCAACAACACAAACAUAAAUGAAGAGCGCUUUGAAGACUUAUGACUGAUCAAUUAACAUCACUAGAAGCUUUUACUAGAAGUGCCCAAAGUACUUUCGCAUAUUUUAGUCGUUUGGAAAGUUUUGUGGAUUUGACAGCAUGAACUCUGGUAUGGAGCGCAGGGGCAUCAGCAUUCAGCAGUCUGACCUGAUGUGCAAGAGAGGAUGCGGUUUCUACGGUAACGCUGUCUGGCAGGGCCUCUGCUCCAAAUGCUGGCGAGAGGAGAACCCAAGUGUCAAAGCCAAGCAGAUCGAGGAUGACAGAGCAUUGGCUGAGAGAUUACAGAGAGAAGAAGAGGCAGCGUACGCCAGCAGCCACAAGAGGGAGCAAUCAGAGACCACCAGCACCUCCUCCAAAACACAAAGUGUACCCAUAGUGAAGAGACUUUUUACCUCAACUUCCAAAACAUCUGCAAUAAAAGACGCCGCAGGUUCCAGGAGCUCUUCACUCAGUAAACAGUCCAGUGUGGAUUGUGAUCAUAUUACACAAGAGUUCAUUGACUUCCUAAAGACCCUGCCCAGACCUGCUUAUGAUAUCUUCAAACGGUGCCAUGCUUUUACUGAAAAUAUUGCACAUAAAAAGGUCAUUGUUUGUGAAGAUUUUUCAGAAUCUGUACAGGACUUUUAUCAAACCAUGUCAGAGUAUCUGCACACCAACUUUAAAGGGUCAGCUGAUCAGAUCGAGACAGUGAUGGGUGAAGUUGAACGUUAUGUGAUGGGUCGUCUGUAUGACCAGCUCUUCUGUCCUGACCGCACAGAUGAUGAGAAGAAAGAUCUGAUCAUUCAGAAAAGAAUCAGAGCUUUACACUGGGUGUCCAUUGAAAUGUUGUGCGUUCCACUAGAUGAACAACGCCCUAAAGUUUCAGACAGUGUUGAGAGAGCCAUAACAGACACGAUUGACAUGGACUCUAAACGGGUUCCUUUGGAGAAGUUGGCCUGUAUCACCAGAUGUAGUAAACACAUCCUGACAGCUAUCCAGGGCAGUAAGAAAGCUCCUGCUUCAGCUGAUGAUUUCCUACCAGCUCUUGUCUAUAUCAUACUGAAGGCCAAUCCACCGCGCUUACACUCCAACAUACAGUAUAUCACACGCUUCUGUAUGCCCAGCCGUCUCAUGAGCGGAGAGGACGGAUAUUACUUCACUAAUCUGUGCUGUGCGGUGGCGUUUAUAGAGAAGCUGGAUGCAUCAUCUCUGAACCUGAGCUGUGAAGACUUUGAUCGCUAUAUGACCGGUAUGACGUCUCCAGAGCGACCGUCAGGCCCCGGGGCUUCGUCCUCCGGCUGCUCUUCACAGAACGGCUUCAGAGAAGAACCCAACGCUGGGCUUCGUAAGGAACGGAGAAGAGAGGAGAGACGUGAACUGGAAACAGACCUCAUCAAAUGGACGGAUGGAGAGGAACUCUCAGAAUUGGGUAUUUCAGAAGGUCCACCUGCGAGGACACAGAGCUCGACCGUCUUCACUAUAGACUCAGAUAAUGUAGAGACUGAUAGUCUGCCCCCUCCACUACAACCACAGAAAUUUCUUGGCUAACUCGCACACAGAGAGGUUUUUAUUGACCUGAAGAUCAACUGCAUAACAUUUCUGCCUUUGGUGAAGCAGGUGGAUGGCUCAUAAUUCUCUUUGAUAUUAAAACAUAUUAGAAAUAAGAGAUGAAUUUUAACCUCAAGUCUGCAUAAAGAAUAUCAAGCCUGUUUAAGGCACUUAUUAUGAAUACCAUUACUGUAAUGCAAUACAAUGAUAUUCUGAAAUAUUAUUUAUUAUUCAAAAUAUUUGUUAUACUGCCUUUAUGCAGAACGAAAUGAAGAGAAAUUGCAUUACAGUAAUGUUUUAUGGAAAGAAGACCUCGUGAAUAUAAUGCAAAAAGUCUUAUUGAUUCCAUAAAUGUGAAUCAUUUUCCUUUUGCCAAAUAUUAUUUUUAUUUAUUUAGUUAUUUUUUGUAAAGUAAUAUGUCUCCUCAUAUGUCAGUUUUUUUCCCUUAUAUUCUGGUGGAUCUUUAUUGUUAUUUUUUUAACAUUAAGAGUUGUUUGAGAUGGUUUAUAUUAUUAUAUUCACUGUCAAUGAAAUCUAUAAUUUAUUAGAGUAUAUAAAUGAAUAUAUAAUUUAUCUCUGUUUUAUAUUUUUAAGCAGAAAUGAAGCAUUGUAAUGGUUUAAAACAUGAGCUGAUGCUGCAGACAGAGAUGUGAGAGAUAAGCAAACAAUGAAAACUUUAAGAAAGUAGUGUCUAAAUAAUUAUUUAGUAGGGAUGCCAAUUGGUUAGUCGCGAUUAAUCGUUCGAAAAAUAAAAGUUUUGGUUUACAUAAUAAUAUAUGUGUGUGUGCUGUGUAUAAUAAUUGUCUAUAUAAAUACACACACAUGCAUGUAUAUAUUUGAGAAACAUUUGCAUGUGUAUGUAUACAUGUUUUAUUUAUAUAUAAUUUAUAUAAAUAAAUUAUUUCUUAAAAUUAAA